AUGUCGAACCUCUUCCGGUCGCUCGCGUCGUCGAUGCGCGCGCUUUCCCUGGCGACCCCUCGCGCCGCCGUCAACACCACCAAGACGGUUGUCUCGACACACCAGACACGAUGCCUCUCCCAGGGCAUCCUCUCCCGCCACGUCUGCACUCCCAUGUGCUCCCAUAACAGACCCGUCGCCGUCUCCCAAAGCGCCAAGAACGGCCUCCAGCCGAAGCAGCAAUCGAGGGGCAUGAAGGUUCACUCCGCCAUCAAGAAGCGUUGCGAGCAUUGCAAGGUCGUCCGUCGCAAGGCCAACAAGAGGCAAAACGGCUACCUCUACAUCAUCUGCCCUGCGAAUCCCAGACACAAGCAGCGCCAGGGUUACAGGUGA